UUACCCAAUUAUCCCGCUGUAGAAUAUACCACUAAACUUCUUCAUUUAUUAAAUGAUGGGAAGGAUCAGGAUAUCCUAAGUCAAAAUGAAUUCAAAUUUGUAUUUAAUCCUCACCCUAGACUGGCCACAUUUUAUUAUUUACCCAAGGUCCAUAAAUCCCUAAUAAAACAACCAGGCAGACCUAGUGUAAGUGGCAUUGGUAGCCUAACAGCUAAUCUGUCUGUUGUGUUUAUCACGUUUUUUUGGAGUUAACCGGGUUGUUUGUGAAAACUAGGAGACUCGCUAUACUUUUUUGUGCUUUUGUAUCUUUGCUAGUUUGUUGGGCGCCUGCUGCAUUACAUUUAUACUAGAAUAUGGAUUACGUAGCUCGUUCUGCUAGUAUGACCCCCCACCCUUUGCAAUAAAAAUUGAUAAAAUCAACGUUCUACAUGCCUUUUUCCAGCACAGAGACUGGCGCUGCUCACGUCUGCUCCUCUUACAUCAUCGAUGAGGACUGGCCUCCUCCACAAUGGUUCAAUCCAAUACUUUGUUCCAGCUUGGCCUGAGUUGGUUCUAUACUUGUUUUCACUACACGUCUCACCCCAAGAAGAGGGGAUACAACUGCCACUUCCAGACAAGAAAGAAGAAAUUAGAUUUCCAAAAAGUUUUCUAACUCAUCUGUUCGGUCUUAGGGCAUUCAAUUCUCUUGCCAAUUCUCAGUUCAGCAAAUAAACCUGCAUUGCAUGCUGGGAGACCCUGCACAGUAUUACUGGCAAUGCAUCAUGACACUAUAAGGUGUGUACCUGUACGCUAGGAAUUGUGGGAUACAGAUGACAUCAUUUGGGAGUUCUCCCCAUUAUUUCUACACCUGGCUCAAUUGUAAGUUUAUCAACCCCACAGUUUGUGGCUGACAGGAAUGAUAUUGCCAGCGUAGGGGAAUAUAAUACUUUUAGCUAAAUCUAACAUUAAGAAAGUCAUUAAUAUAACCAGGGAGGUUGGGUGCAAUAAGGUUAAAGCGUGCCCUGGAAAAAGGCAGUGUAGCUAAAAUGAAAAUGGAUAAAAGCCCAGGAGGAUGUGAGACUAGGUUUAAAUUUAUCCUAGUUCACAAUGUCUAAUAUCAUGUGAAACAUUUUUAAAAAAUGCAGUUAAAUAGAAACGGAGUUAAAAGGACACUAGGCAUCAAAACAACUUUAGCUUAAAGGAACACUAUAGGGUCAGGAACACAAACAUAUAUUUCUGACCCUAUAGUGUUAUAAACACCAUCCCCGGAACACCCUUGUCCCCCUAAAUAUAGUAAAUCUUACCUUUUAUUCCAGUCUGCUGCUGCUGCUGCUGCUGUUUCUGCCCCUGAUCUGCCUCUUUGUCUGACAUCAUCAGAAGUGUUUAUCAAAGCCAAUCAUAAUCCUUUCCCAUAGAUUUGGCUGAGACUGUCAAGGAGGCAGAUCAGGGGCAGAGACAGCACAAGUCAAACACAGCGCUGGCCAAUCAGCAUCUCCUUAUAGAGAUACAUUAAAUCAAUGCACCUCUAUGAGGAAAGUUCAGUGUCUGCAUGUAGAGGGAGGAGACACUGAAUGUCAGUCACACUGUGCAGCACUGCCCCAGGAAGCAUCUCUAGCAGCCAUCUGAGGAGUGGCCAGUGGAGUUGUCACUAGACUGUAAUCUAAACACUGCAUUUUCUCUGAAUACAUCGUGUUUUCUGCAAAAAGCCUGCAGGUAAUGAUUCUACUCACCAGAACAAAUACAAUAAGCUGUAGUUGUUCUGGUGACUAUAGUGUCCCAUUAAUGAAGCCAUUUUGGUGUAUAAAUCUUACCCCUGCUGUCUCAGUGCUCAAUUCUUUGCCAUUUAGGAGUUAAAUCACAGCCCUAGCCACACCUAAACAGUAAGUCACAUGCAGGGAGGUGAGACUAGGGCUCUAUAAACAGAAUGAUUUAACUCCUAAAUGGCAGUGAAUUGAGCAGUGAGACUGCAGGGACAUAAUCCAUAUACUAAAAUGCUUUAUUAAAGGACCACUAUAGUGCAAGGAAAACAUAAUUCUUUUUCUUAGGCACUAUAGUGCCCUGAGGGUGCCCCCACCCUCAGGGUCCCCCUUCCGCCGGGAUCUGGGGAGAGGAAGGAGUUAAACACUUUUUCCAGCGCCGGGCGGGGAGCUUUCCUCCUCCUCUCCUUCCUAGCGACGUCAUCGGCUGAAUGCGCAUACGCGGCAGGAGCCGCGUGCGCAUUCAACCAGUCUCAUAGGAAAGCAUUCAUAAUGCUUUCCUAUGGACGCUGGCGUCUUCUCACUGUGAUUUUCACAGUGAGAAGCACGCAAGCGCCUCUAGCGGCUGUCAAUGAGACAGCCACUAGAGGCUUUAGAGGCUGGAUUAACCCUCAGUGUAAACAUAGCAGUUUCUGUGAAACUGCUAUGUUUAUAAAAACAAAAACAAAAAAGGGUUAAUCCUAUCUGGACUUGGCACCCAGACCACUUCUUUAAACUGAAGUGGUCUGGGUGCCUAUAGUGGUCCUUUAAAUAAAAGGGUUCUGAGACCUGAGGAGAACGCUAGAUUCUGAUUAAUGUCAGUAUUUACCAGCCAUGGGAUUGCCACGUGGACAUCUUCUAGCUAGCCAGGAAUUUGUUUCUGUAGACCCUGGGGAUGAGAAGCUAAAUCUCCAGCUGUCACAGAACUUCAACUCCCAUGAUGCUUUGAUACAACAAAGUGUGAUCUACAUUCCCCCAACCCCAGAACGAGCUGCGUAAGAGUAUUCCCAGAGGAGGGAGUAACAAUAGCUUCUUGAGUUUGGCAUUCAGACUUUCCAGGCGUAUUGGUUACAAAGUGGUUAAAUGCUGCUGUCACUAUAUAAGUAUUGAAUAUUUAUAUUCUGUCUGCAGUUCACACCUUCUCCCAAGUGACAAGCCAUAUAGGAGUAAACAAUACUGUGUUAUAGUCCCAGUGCUAGGUACAGAAGGAUCGUUACACUCUAUGUGCCUUUCAUUGCGGGGUUUAGUUCCCUGUGUUAUCCUGUGUUUAAGGAAGAGGGACAUAGAUGGUCUCUGUUUCUUUUUGUAAAGUGUUGCUGCCAUUUCCAACAAGUACUGGCAGAAUCCAGCUUGUGAUGGUCCGUCUGAGUAUUUACAGAUUAUAGGAAGUAAGGGCUUUCGCCUAUACAUGGCUAUUCACUAGACUGAGAGCUCGGAAAAUGGAAAAGGAAUAGCAAAUUCUGGAUCUAACGUGCCUGUUUGCCCACAAUUUGCAAUUCCUUGUCAGUUCUCAGUUUAUCGAAUAAAAAGAACUUGCUUAAAGUUAUUAAGGUAUUUGCUUAAAGCGGCACGGUCAUGCCGAACUUACCUUUUUCCUGUUGUUUCCUCUUCUCCCCCUCUCUCAGGAUCUGUUCUUCAUUUCUUCCUGUCUUAUCUAGUUUUCUUUAAAACAUAAGAGAAAGUUGGGACUACUUUGUCUUGUGUAUUUUUCCUACGCUUGACCAAAGAAGGAGCUUUAAACAGCUCCAUUUCCUGUGGUCAAAGAGAGUUUCCCACAAUACUCACCCUCACCAAUAUCUGAAUAAAGGUUUAAUUAGUGCUAACCUGUUUAUUUUUAUACUGGAAAGACUGCGCAUUGCAAUUCACACCAUUUAAGCAGAUAAUAAUCAGUAAUAUGAUGCAUGGUUUCCAAUGAACAUAUUGUCACUCCGCACGGUAUCUCGUUAAUAACCCAGGUCACCAUGGAUUCCGACGAAACGGUGAAUGAAAACUUACGGCUUCAGUUCAAGGCUCUACAGGAACAACAGCAGAAACGCCUGCAGAGACUGAUGGAGAGAAAGAGAGAGAAAGAAUUACGGCAAAGUCAGAAAGACGAAAAUCAGAAAUCCACUUUUGGGAUAGAAGAUGAUCUAAAUCUCAUAAAAAAAGGAGACUGUUCUUUUUCUGACAUAAGCAAAAGGUAUGUGAGCCUUUGAAUAAGUCCUCCUUGAAAAGUGUGGGAUAUAGAUUUAAAGGGAUACCGACUGCCACCUGCAAAGGACAGGGAGCUAAGAUUGAGGCGCCCAGUCCUAGGUUAAAGAGAUGUGGUUUGCUACAUGUAACUUAUUUUUUAAACCUCAAAAAAUACCUAUUCAUUUAAUGUAGAGAUAAGUAAAUAGUAUAUUAAGUAUCCUGCGAAGUGACAGUUUUCCUUUAAAUAUAUGCAUAUAAUAAUAAUAAUUCCAUGGCCUGCUGACGCCAUCUAGUGCCAGAUAACUAAAUAGCAAAAUAAACGUUCAGGGUUGUGGCAUUGCUAAAGUGCAGUCUCCCGAAAUAUGCCAUGGAGGGUAUAGUGACACAGUCAGAAGGUAAGUGUAGAAUAACAUUUUUGAAUUCACUUUGAGUUUACAACAGUUUGCACUUUAGUGGACCUGUGAGUUUAUUCAUUAAACUGUGGAAUUCUGGGAUACAAAGUGAAUGUCACACGUUAGCCCAGAAAAGCUCAAUGAGAACCAGAUGCUUUUAGUUCAUCUAUUUUGGCCUAGACUGUGAAAUUCACUUUGGAGUAAUAUAUUUUCACAGUUUCAUAAGCAAAUCAGCUUCACUAGAGUGCAAACUGUUCUGAGUUCAAUGUACUUUAGUGAAGAACUCUGUGAGAGUGUGUUAAACACCAUCAAACCAACAGACACUUUUAAUUCCAAUUUCACUUAACUUAUUUAUUAUGAUUUUAUUACAGUGUACUUUUAUAGAACUGUUUCCUAAAAUUCUGUUUCGAAUAAAAUUAAAUUAAAAAGUUUCAUCUCAUUUCCCCCCAAGUUACACUACAACAAAAUAAGUUACUGUGAUACAGGAUGUAUUUAUGCUAAACGUUGACAUUUGUAUUAAUCCCUUAAGGACACAUGAUGGCCUUUUACUUCUGAAGCUGUGUCCUUAAGGGGUUAACACCUUUUUAAGCAUACAGUAUCUCACAAAAUUUAGUACACCCCUCACAUUUUUGUAAAUAUUUUAUUAUAUCUUUUCAUGUGACAACACUGAAGAAACGACACUCUGCUACAAUGUAAUGUAGUACGUGUACAGCCUGUAUAACAGUGUGAAUUUACUGUCCCCUCAAAAUAACUCAACACACAGCCAUUAAUGUCUAAACCGUUGGCAACAAAAGUGAGUACACCCCUAAGUGGAAAUGUCCAAAUUGGGCCCAAAGUGUCAAUAUUUUGUGUGGCCACCAUUAUUUUCCAGCACUACCUUAACCCUCAUGGGCAUGGAGUUCACCAGAGCUUCACAGGUUGCCACUGGAGUCCUCUUCCACGCCUCAAUAACGACAUCCUGGAGCUGGCGGAUGUUAGAGACCUUGCGCUCCCCCACCUUCCGUUUGAGGAUGCCCCACAGAUGCUCAAUAGGGUUUAGGUCUGGAGACAUGCUUGGCCAGUCCAUCACCUUUACCUUCAGCUUCUUUAGCAAGGCAGUGGUUGUCUUGGAGGUGUGUUUGGGGUCGUUAUCAUGUUGGAAUAUUGCCCUGCGGCCCAGUGUCCGAAGGGAGGGGGAUCAUGCUCUGCAUCAGUAUGUUUGCAGGCUUUUUUGUGCAACAUCUUUAGAAGAGGCUUCCUUCUGGAAUGACAGCCAUGCAGACCAAUUUGAUGCAGUGUGCGCGGCGUAUGGUCUGAGCACUGACAGGUUGACCCCCCUUCAACCUCUGCAGCAAUGCUGGCAGCACUCAUAUGUCUAUUACCCAAAAAAGACCUCUGGAUAUGAAGCGGAGUACGUGCACUCAACUUCUUUGGUCGACCAUGGCGAGGCCUGUUCUGAGUGGACCUGUCCUGUGAAACCGCUGUAUGGUCCUGCACACCUUGCUGCAGCUCAGUUUCAGGCAAUCUUCUUAUAGCGUAGGCCAUCUUUAUGUAGAACAACAAUUUCUUUUUUUCAGAUCCUCAGAGAGUUCUUUGCCAUGAGGUGCCAUGUUGAACUUGCAGUGAACAGUAUGAGAGACUGUGAGAGCGAUAACACCAAAUUUAACACAGCUGCUCCCUAUUCACACCUGGGACCUUGUAACGCUAACGAGUCACAUGACACCAGGGAGGGAAAAUGGAUAAUGGGCCAAUAUGGAGCUUUUCACUUAGGGGUGUACUCACUUUUGUUGCCAAUAGUUUAGACAUUAAUGGCCGUGUGUUGAGUUAUUUUGAGGGGACAGUAAAUUUACCCUGUUAUACAGGCUGUACACUUACUACUUUACAUUGUAGCAGUGUCAUUUCUACAGUGUUGUCACAUGAAAAGAAAUGAGAAAAUAUUUACAAAAAUGUGAGGGGUGUACUGUAGAGAUACUUUGUGGUGUUUAUCAGAAGAUACAUUACAUUUCUGAAAAUUGCAGAAACAUCUGAAUGCCAUUGGGGAUAUUCCCUAAACUGGAAAUUACAGAGACCUUAAGACCAAAAUAGAGUUGGAUAAGUUUUUUCUUUUUUCUUUUUAUGGGCUUUUGUUCUAAAACAACAAUUCUGCUGUCAAAUCUUCAAAAUUUCUAGUUUAUUUCAUAAGUCCACCAGUGUUUGUAACUCUAAUUCAGAACCCAUAACAAUCUAGAUUACUAGUUACUGAUUGGUUAUUUGUUGUCAGGAAUCUAAAUGAUGUACAUGACUGGGAAAUUAACUUGGAGGAAAAUUUCUUAAAUGUGAAUGCAAUAAGUACUAAACUAAAAUCUAAAAAAUACCUUUCAUUACACUCGUUCCAUUGUUAAAGGGGUGUCUGUUGCACUGGGAAACCAGUGAUGCUACUGUAAAUGGUGAAGAGUUGAGGCCUGAAUAUGACGUGCUUGUUCCACCCAGUGCGGACACACAUAUUUAUCAUUGUCACACAGUUUUGGGUCGACUUCAUGCUCAACUUCUUCUAAAACUGUGUUUAUCCUGUGGAUGUAGGCUCUGUGUCUCUAUGUUCCUUUAAAUCUAUGAUGUUAUCAUUGGUAACCUGAUGGGAGAUGUUUUUCUAAACGUAGGCUUCUGGAAGAUGAGAAUGAGCAGCUUCAGAGCCAGUUACGUGAAACCAAAGAUGAAAAUGGCAGAUUGCACAAACUGCUAAAGGAGAAAGAAUUUGAGAUCAAACAUCUCAGGAAAAAAAUGGAAGAAAACAAACUAGCGCUUGCAGGUGGGUCUGAUGUGGUCUAACCAAUCUUUCUCAACCAUUUGCGUAUCUCUGUGGUCUCGAUUGUCUUUUGCAGCUCUGUUUGUUUCCCUUAAGCAAUGCUCUAUCCUUCAGCCCUCUUCUUUCUCUUACCCAUCACCUCUUCCCCCGUCUCACUGUCAUCUGAAUCUUUCACCAUCCUCCAGGGGGCUAUGUAUUGAUGAGCUCAAAAGGUUAUAAGUGGUGUUAAGAAUUGUGUUAAUGUCUGUUAACAUGUUAGAGCCUCACAUGUAUGACCUGUCAAGGUUCUACAUAUUGUGGACAUCCGCAUGGAGGGUUUACUGUUGCUGAACAGGAAGAAUAACUCAUGGAUUUGUUUCAGAGAUAUAACUGUUGGCCAUAUCGGGAUUGACCUAGUUAAAUGCCCAUGGGGCCUGAAAAGAAACAGUUGCUGGGAUAAAGAUGAGGAGACUGCCAACUGCGAAUGGGGUGGCUCCAUGCCAAUGAAGUAUCUUGCUUUCUGUGCUUUGUUCCUUGUAUAGAUUGCUUCAAUAAUGCCAUUGCAUGAAUGGUUUUAAUUUCAGGGACCGCAGGUAUGGCUGGGGACGUCGCAGCAACUAAAAUUGUUGAACUGUCAAAGAAAAAUCGUGAACUUACAGCAGAAAUGGAGAGUGAAAAAACAAAAGUAAAACAGUUGAACAACAAACUUAAAGAAACCGAGAAAGAGGCAAGUCAGACUAAAGAGAGAAAAUGAUCAUGGAUUACUGCAUGGGGUAAUUAUAGUAAACAAACAGGCACAGAACGGUUCGAACGGGCAGCACAGGGCAGAAUAUGGAUAGGGUCAGGGUGGGUAAAGCUGGCUGCACAUGGGCCGGGGUAAGUGACAUUACAAGCCUGUAUAUAUUUUAAAAAAAUACAUUUUUUGAGCGCUUGAGAUUAAAAUUUACCAAUGUACAGUGAGUCCAAAAAAUGCUACGCACUAAACAUUAAACCUGUGAUGCACACUUCAGUGUUAUACCUCAAAACACACCAACCACCAAAAUAAAACUGGAAAUGAGGUGGAGCAAUAUUUGGGUGAAUAGUCCCACACCAAGCACUACAAAUAAAUCAUGUAAAAUACUUACAUAGCCAGUAGAUGGCGUCAGACAGUCAUAAACUCAUAUAAUGUCAUGAAAAAGAAAAAAUGUAUAUAGAAUAUAAAAUGCACACUAUAACAAUCUCAAAAAAACUUAGCUUUAUUAUAUACAAAAAAGUACCAGAGUGAAAACACAUAAGAAAAAAUAAACAAAGUGACAGAAGCAAGGGCAAAUACAAUAAAACAAUAAUAAAUUACCACAAAAAUUCUUACAAGCCUCAAGACAGAAACACGAGUCACCAAACUACCCAACGUUUCGGCACCAAGGGUACCUUAAUAAAGGCAGCCAGUUGGUGCCGAAACGUUGGGGGUUUGAUGACUCGUGUUUCUGUCUUGAGGCUAGUAAGAAUUUUUGUGGUAAUUUAUUAUUGUUUUAUUGUAUUUGCCCUUGCUUCUGUCACUUUGUUUAUUUUUUCUUAUGUGUUUUCACUCUGGUACUUUUUUGUACAUAAUAAAGCUAAGUUUUUUUGAGAUUGUUAUAGUGUGCAUUCUAUAUUCUAUAUACAUUUGAAUAUUUAAAGCACUUGAGGGAGUGUUUAUAUGAUUUGCACCUGGCUGUUCUUAUACUAUUUUGUCUCUCCAUGUGCUGUUGUUUUGAGAAUGAAAAAGAAAAAAAACACAGAUAAUAGUACAGAUCUCCUUUAAAAUAAUUAUAACAUAAAAUCUAAAUGAUAAAAUAAUUUAUAUAGAUGGGUAUGAGAAAAGUUACUAUAGAAAACAAUAAACUGUAUUAGCACAAAUGAAAACAAAUUUAUUAAAAAUGAAGUGGUAAAGAAUUCUAUCUACCAGAUCGGCAUUUAAGAUCAUAUUGUGAGUAAAUGCGGAUCAAACCGCUACUCACUAACCGGCUCAGUCAGUAUUGAAGCAAUUACCUGAUUGUUCAUUAUUGGAUCUGAAUACAAUUUUAUAUAUGUUGAUCUAUCGUCAUCGGGAGAGACUAUCGAUAGGCCCGAGACACCGCAUCUAUCAGCCCCAGAACUAACACUCAAUACUGGCUGAUCCUAUUAGUGAGUAGCGGUUUGAUCCGCAUUUACUCAUAAUAUGAUCUUGCAAGCGGCAGUGGGAAUUCUAUACUACUUCAUUACAGCUAAUAAAGUUUGUUUACUAUCGUAACACUUCUCAUACAUAUAUAUAUAUAUAUAUAUUAUUUAUAGAUAGAUAGAGAGAGAUUAUUUUAUCAUUUAUAUUCUAUUUUAUAAUUAUUUUAACGGAGAUCGGCACUAUUAUUUGUGUGGUUUUUUUUUUUUUUUGGUUUUUUUUUCACGACAUUAUGUGAUGUGAUGAUCAUCUGACGUCAUCUACUGGCUAUAUAAGUUUUCUACAUUAUUUAUUUGUAAUGUUUGGUGUGGGACUCCUCACCUAAAUAUUGCUCCACUUCUUUUAUAGUUUCAUUAAGGCUGUAUGUCUGGUGAGCAAUCAUGGAACACAUUAGAAGCGAAUCUUAUAGUUCUGCCAGGUAGGUAAUGGGUCAUUUAAAUCCAGCUGAUUACUUUAUCUGGAUAAAUUAUUAGUUGGUACAAAAUAAAAAGCUGCAUUUUUUUUUAGCUGCAGCUCAUUUUUGAGUCAGUUAAAACCAUUAAUUUAAGUUAAAAUGAUUUAACUAUUGAGGAUAAGGUGCCUAAAUGGGAAAUAUACUACAAUGUUCUCUUGCUACCUGUGCCCAAGUUGCCCACAUCUACCCCUCUUUGUCUAAACCCUGCUUUCAUGAAUGGGAUGAAUUGGCUUUGGAUGCGGACGUGUCCAUUGAUUAGACCUGUUCGGGAUAAUGUUUUUCCCAGCACUGUGACACGUGUAGACCCAUUCCCUAGAUGCUGAACCCCUAAGUUGCCCAUCUGUUACAUCUUAGUUUGACACAUAGUAUUUGCCAAGCUACCCAGCAGUAGACACUGCCUCCUCCAUCCAACCUGCAGAUUUAGUUCCUGUGGAGACCUGUAGACACUCACCAUCUGCUUAAUAAACAGGGUUUCCAUGGCUGGGAAUAAAUGUAUAUUUUUCAUUUCUCCAUCCUCUGGUGUUGGGUUUUUCUAAGUGUAUUUGCUUGUUCUUUGCACGCCCUCAGGGGAUGCAUAUUUCAGAGUGAUGCUAGUUUAUUCAGAAACCUUUCAUAGUAAAACUUGGCAAACCCGCGUGCGUUUAAUUUCCAGUAAGAAAGGUACAUUCUUCCACUGCCUAAUAAAGACAAGUCAAUUCUAAAUGAAGCCUAUUGUGUUUAUUGUCUUUCCUUCUGACUUCUUCUUGCAGCAGAGCAUGCGCCCGCCGUCACGAUAAUUCCAUAUUUGUCACAAAAUAUCGACUUUGCUGCCCAUUGAUGCCUCAGCCUUGGUUCCAUAUAACUUUAUUUGACCCUGAAUAUAAUUCAGUUAUAGUUUUCAAGAGAUAAAAAAAAAUAACAUAAUCGAAAAUAUUCUACAGUAUUCACAGUCUAAGACAAAAAGGACUUUACCUGUAUUAGGAGAUAAAAAGAAAGGGAAUAUUGUAUGUUUUCCUUUAGGGAUGUUGAGUUGCUAUGUUAACAACUAAUAUCAUUUUUAUGUAAACAUUCAAAUGAGCUAUGGUAUGCAUGCUUGUAGUUUUACUGACCAUUAUUUAAUAUUGGGUUUUUAUCUUGUAAUUACUUUUUUUUUCUGCAGCUUCAGAACAUGACAGGGAGACUACAGCAUAGUCCGGGAAAGGAUUCUGGAAAUGGACAGCCAGUGCUCAGGACUGUGGAACAAAAUAAAGUAACUUCAACCACAUUUAUACAAAUCUAGCCUCUCCACCCUGAAUCACAGCUCUCUCUAUCUCUCUGUAUAGAAACCCCUUUUAUGUGUUAAGACAAGAUAGGAACAAUAAACAUAUUUAUUGCUUUAUAUUCGAUUAACACCCCAUGUUAAAGGGAUACUCACACUGCUUCCAUAAAAAGGUUUCUUUUCAAUCAGAUCUUAACUUACUUUUGACGUUUUUUAUCUCAUGCUCUGUUCAUUGAAAUUAAUCACACACAGGUAGAUCCUACAGGCUCUAGCAGGCUAUUAACAAAGCAGGAAAUAAGAAAUUCUGAAUGAAACUGACUUUCAGAACUUUGCCUUGGAAUCGUCCUAUUUGUACCUUGAUAAAUAAAUAUUUAGCUUCCAUAUUGAGUUGUCCCACAGAUGCUAACAUUUUAGUUAACAAAUAAAGCCUCCUUAAUGGCUUAAAUCAUGUACUAGUGCAAUGCCAGGCUGUGAAUUGCUUCCCAGGUCAAACUAGUGCUGCAAUUGGCCAACCUUGUGCUACACAAAACAAAUACUAUAGCACAUCAUUAUUAAAAUCAUUCUGUUUUAGGGUUUUCUGAGUAAUGUUAAUGAAUGGUUUAUCUAACACAGUGAUCUAUGUAUUGCAAUUCUUCUCUCUUCUCAUUCUUUAUUUCUGGUAACACAUGCGUCAACUAAUCUGGAUUUUUCUAUCUCAUCAGAAUUUACUGUUUUGAUAUUUUCAGAUAGAGAAUUCAGAGAUUAAAGUUUUGCAAGAAAAAUUAUCCGCAGCCAAUAUGAAACUGACCGAAUAUCGCAACCAAAUCCAGUCCUUGAAGCAGGAGCUGAAGAUGGUCCACAAGGUCAGAGAAUCUUUUAUUGGGCUGUAAUAUGUAUUCUUUUUGUUAUGAUUUCUACUUACAGUAUUACAGUUUUGUUAUAUUUGGAUAGACAAUUUGUAAAAAAGAUUUUAUUUCUAUAUGUGCGUGCAGUGGCUGUCGUUCAUAAUGAUUGUGUACUGGAAUAUAUAGAGAGAGAGAGAGAGAGAGAACGCACCACUAUUGAUUUAUUGCCUUUGUACUAAGUGUAGGCUGCGCUUUUUGUGUUUUUAUUUUUAUUAAUCUGGUCAUGAAUCCAUGUACAUAACAUUUCCUUUGCAUUCAGGUCCUAGUAAAUGAAAUAGGUGACGAUGUGAACAUACCCCAGCUGAUGGCAUCGACAGGGACCUGGAGGGGGCGCUCACAGCAGAUUCUGGCGUUACAGGGCAGGGUGAGUAAAUUGCAAUACAGUUAAUAUUAUUUAUUAAACACCAACAUGUUCUGCAGCGCUGUACAACGUGUGGACAAACAGUCAGGUAACUUGUUGGAUAUAUAGAAACAAGAGACACUGCCCUUCUUCAUCACACUAACUGCCUAAAUUACUCAGGCUAGCCUACCAGUGAGGGUGUUUAUUUAUAGGAAGAAGACAAACAUGUUCCUAUAUUCACACAUACUUCAAUAUGAUAGAGCAACAAUCUGUUACAUUUAGCUUCUACUCUGCCAACCCAAUCUCUCACAGGCAGGUUCUAUAGCCCCCAGGCAUGAAGAGAGAGACACCUCUGGAUGUCAGAACCAUGGCUAGUGAUCAGGUUACCCAGCUAUGUCCUAUAGUUAUUAGCCAGACUGCCAAAUUCUUAUUUAUAAAUGCAUCUGUCUUUAUCACAGUUCAGUAGAUGUUAAAGAGAUACACCAAGCACAAUAACCACCUUCCUGCAGGGUAAAAUGACAUCCCUCGUCCACUUAACUCACCAGGGAAGUACAGAGCUGUGCAGACACAUUAAAACAUUCCACAGUUUUACUGUAAACAUCUUUGACACUGUUCAUGUAUGGGCUUCUGGUCUAUUUUAUGGAAAAAUAAACGGCACAUCUUUGAAAGCUAUCAGGAUUGGCUGACUUGCUGGCCUAUAAAAAGCAAGCGUUGCUGACGUAUCUUUUUUUAUUUUUCUCUUUUUGUAUUGGGAUUCUUUAUCUCUGUGAGCAGUUCAUUGGCAGUGUCGGAAAUUUAAGAAUUGGCCAUAUUAGCAUGUAAUAUACAUGCACGGUUCCAUUAAUUCUAGAGGUGUUCCGGGUACCUUAGGUUGAACAUGUAGCAUUCUGUUUUUUACAUUUUGUCCAUUGCGUGUUUUUUUAAUGUUUUUAUUUGCCAAAAACAAUAUUUCCUGAUUGAAAAGGGCAUCACUUGUGAACAAUCAGAGUCUGUCAACAUGCUGUGAAUGGGAAAAAUGCAAUAUUUUGAAUUAUUUAUUUUUUAAUUUUCUCUCUGUGAUCUAUAACGUUGUGUUCCUUUAUUGUUCUGACAUUGAUUCUUGAUGUCCGGCAUUGAAUAACUACAGGUCCGCGAGCUGGAAAAUCAGCUUGGCCAAGGAAGAAGUCCAGGGUCUGGGUUGAGUUUGGAAGAAGAAAUGCUGGGAAUCUCUUCCUCAAAGAAAUACGGUGCUCAAGAAAAGAACUUGUAUCGUUUACGUGUUGUGGAAAAAGACAAGAAGGAGACGCUGGAGGUAACAUACAACCAAUGAGACAUUCAGAAUGAUAAUGGUAGAAGACAUGGGCAGGGACAUAUAUGUGAGGGUCAUGUAGAUAAAGCUGCUCUGUCAACUUCUGCGUGACAAAGACCCCCCAAUAGUAACUUCACUGCUUGCAGUGCAGUGGCAGGGGAAGGUAUGUUUUACUUACCAUCUGCAUCCGAGAAUGCCCUUCAUCUGCCAUGAGCCAAAGUGAGUGCUGUACUCUCGCGAAUGCAUGAGAAUGCACCAAUGAGGAAGUGAAGGAUUCAGUGAGGCCGCGGGUGCCUCCAUAGAAAAUGCCUUUUUCCUCGCAGUCAUUACUAGUAACAACUGGGGCAAGUGAUAAAACCUGAUGGCAGCAGGUCCGCCUAUUGUGAAGCAUAGGAAAAUACAUUAAACAAAGUGUUCCCAACACAGUCAAUGUGAAACGUGCACUGUAUACUGGUAAAUGUACACAUAAUCAAAUGUUAUUGUUAUUUAUAAAGCGUUUACAUAUUCUGUAGUGCUGUACAAUAGGUAAGUAAAUAUACAGGACAAGAGCAAGUUUUACAUCCAGGAAGAAGCAGUGCCCGUCAGAAAGUAUCUAGAUAAAUGUGAAGAGGGACAAGCUAGCGGCUCCACGCUUUACUAAUUAAGGGAUAUUUAUAUUGUCUGAAAAUAAACAAGCAGCACCCAGUUAAUGUUAAUGGUGACCCAUGCAGAAUAUCAACAGACAGAAAGCAAUAAACAAAUAAACAAUCCUUAUCCAAGUAUGGUGGGCUCAGUGCUUUCCCUUUAUUGUGCCAUCAAACAAGAUUUCAAAAGCGUCUCCCUUCUCAAAUUGUUUCUGUAAGUUUUGGAAUGCAAUUCAGCUGAUUUUUGUAGAUUUUGUGGGGCUGUUAUUUUCCCUGGUGUUGGUGUUGUCGAGCCGUUAUGGUCCCUUGUGUUGAUGUUGUGUUGGUGUUGUAGGGCUAUGUUGAUGUUGUUAUAGUCCCUUGAGUGGAUGUUGUGUUGAUGUUGUGUUGGUGUUGUAGGGCUAUGUUGAUGUUGUUAUAGUCCCUUGAGUGGAUGUUGUGUUAAUGUUGUGUUGUUGAGCCCUUCUGUCGAUGCUGUGUUUAUAUUGUGCUGAUGUUUUCUUCCUACCCUCCUCACCCCUCCCCAUUACAGAAAGUCACAGGGGAACAUGAAACCCUGAAGAAGGAUCACGAGGAGCUGAAAAAGAAGCUGGAUGCCUCAAAGGCCAGAAAUAAAGUGCUUUCUAAUGAUGUGAGAUCACUGAAGAUGCAAAUGGCGACACUAGUAGAGAAAGGAAAACAUGACGAUGAACUUGUAGACGCAUUGCUGGUACCUAUUAUUGUUUAUCUCAUUGUCAGAAUCUGUGACUAUUACGCCAUUGUUAUAGCCCUUCCCUGCAAUGUUAUGCUGUUAAAUAAAUCAGAGCUGUGGAAUUUGUUGGCGCUUUAUAACUAACAGUAAUAAAUCAAUAAAUAAAAAAUAGAAAGCAUGUGUCUUUAGCACUUUAAUCACGAUUGGUCAGACAUUUGCUGUUUAGCUGACUUGUUCAGCAAACAUAGCCCACAAAGCUGGAUGGGUAAGAAUGAGCCAUCACUGGUUGUUCUCGAGAAUGUUGAGUCUGGGAUUCAGUCUCUGGCUAAUUAACAAAGGGAACAGAAGUGAGUUCCACUAUUCUAGAGGGCAGUGAGACUUGUUGUCACAUUCUGACACACUUACUUGGCACCUGCGUGAAUUUCAGAGGGAAAAGGUACGAGUGAUCUAUCCCACAAAGGGCAUAGAUUUUUACUCCCCAACGCCCCAAAAGAUAAUAUUGGAGAGCAAUUAUCAUCUAAUCGCCCAGCCAUUACAGCUAAUUUUAAAGCUUUUUAUAAUGGUUAUUAUAGUAGGACUCUAUCGAUGCAGUCUCUCCAUUUUUUGGAAAACUUAUUUCAAGCAGUUUGCCAAAAAACUGAGAAUGGUUUACUACCCAAACACCCAUGGACUUAGCUCAGGGAUCCCAUGUAAGUUGGAUUGAGAGGGUAAGAUUAGGGUGACAAGAAUUCUCAGGACUUGUCAAACCACUUAUAAACAGUUUGCUUCAUAAUUGCUGCAAUAAUCUGUGAUGAUGAUGAUAUUUGGAGUGUCUCUUUAAUUAAAUAUGCUUUUCCUGAGUACUGUUUUAACUUUGUGGAUCUUUUUAGCUAGAAAACCUGUUUUUUAUUUCGACUUAAUCUGCAGUAGUUUUUUGUGCAUGACCAUUUAUAGCUUUUGAAAUCCAUGUACCACUUUCUAGUCUUUACAUACGUUCAAUAAAAACUGCCAAUUCAAUUUCCACUGCUACAGAGCCAGCAGAAGAGCAUGCAGGAGGUCCUAAACCGUCUCAGCCAACAGGACCAAAAAGAUAAGCAAUCCACCGAAAUGCUGGCGUCACAGUUAAACAGUGAGACUCAGAAACAGAAUUCCCUGGUUGCUCAACUGAAGGCAAUGGUGGCCGAACGAGAGGCCAAAGUCAAACAGCUCGAGGAUGAGGUCAAACAGCUGACACUAACAGUAAGAAUGGCGAGUUCUGGGAGAACGAGUAAGGCCAUUGGUCAGGAAAAGUCUGAACUGUGAAAUUUCUGGAAUUUACCAGGGAAUUGCAAAUUGUAGGACAAUAUGGACAAACUAGAAAAUUCCUCGUAAUUUCCACAUUAGUGAAUUACCGUUAUGCAUUUAUUGUUGAAUUGUAUUAAACAAUGGCACUUCCUUUUAUAUAUAUGACUUAAAGAACUACUGUCAUCAACUUUUCUUUUCUCGGUUUUUAAACGUUUAUUACAUUUUAUUAAACGUAAUGAUAUUUUUUAAUGACAGUUGUCCAUUAACAUCAUAUUUACUUACUACCAUUUCUACAGAUGCAUCUAGACAAACCACACAGCGGGAGAAGUUCUGAUGGUCAGAAAGCAGGAGAUGUGACAUCAGCAAGAUCAUCAGCUUCUGCCAGAUCACUGUCGGAUUUUCGUGCAAGGCAUGGCUCGGGCAGGUGAGAAUGCAUUCCUCCAUUUUACAGGUCUGUACGAAUGCAAAGCAUCAUGGGAAAUGUAGAUCUACAAACAGCAGAGGGUGUCUAUUGCUGGUGUAGAUAUAUCAUGAACUGCGAUUUGGUUCAGAAGAUUUGGACAUUCAUUUGAUAGAUAAUAACGUGCAAAAUAGAGCAGUAAUAGCUGACCUGUGGCACUCCAGCUAAACAGGUCAUCUGAAAUAUAUUAAGUAGCAGCUGAUGUACUUGAGAUUAUACAUAUACAGUCCAUAUACAAAAUAAAUACAGUUAAAAAAAUCACUAUUUUGUAGAUAUACUUCCAAUGAAAACAUGCAUGCAUUUAAUUAUAUAUUUUUUAAUUCGGGUAUAUCUAAAAACAACUUUUAAAAACUGCAGGUUUCUUUUCUGCAGCCUUUUCAAGCCCUCCCCUUUUUUCCCCGCCCAGAUUUCCUGUGACUGUCCAAUCACAGACUUCCCCAUGCGGCUCGAUGAGAAGUCUUUGCAAGGCAGGUGCUCUGGACAAUUACUGCCUCUUGUGUUUAGCUCAAGCAAAUGAGCCUUUUAAAUACCCCGCAUUCCACUGUGCGUGAAAGUUGGAAUUGUUAUCUGACCCCCUGCUGAUGAAAACCCCACGUGUGCCAUUAGAAAAAUCUAUAAAUGUUGUGUUCAGUUUCAAUAAAACGCUAAAUACAUCAGCACAAAAUAUAGAGCAAGUCUUAAAAUACUAUAUAAUUAUGCAAAUACAUUUUUUGAUGAGCGAGAUGUUUUAUCUCUAAGAUUGCCCGUUAACACUCUGUCAUGUCUUUUUUUUACAUAAAAGGAGAUAGCAUUGUAACAUUUUCUUUUAAUUCCACGCUGUUUAUCAUUGUUCACAUGCAGAUUAAACAACUAGCCUUGACUUUAUGUGGGUUAUAUUCCAGAUUCUCUGCAGCCGUACACUUUUAGAAUUUACUAUUAAUAGAUUUUAAUAAAACGUUUUGUAGUUAUUAACUAAUCUCAUUUUCCUUUUCUAAGUAGGGCUAUUUCCAAUCUGGGCCAUGAACUCGUUGACAGCGCAGUCACCAAGCCAGAUAUUGCUGUUUCCACACGGAGGUACAUUAAGGGCACUACAUGGGUAGCUGUGAAUGACAAGUAUUGUGGCAUUUGUUCUGUAGGUGCUUAACAUGAUGCACUUACAUUUUAAAGUAGAAGUUAAAUGUCUACACUAACUGCUCCAGGACCGGUGACAUUUAAAUCCACUUACUGGAAUUUCCACUUAUAAUUACGUAUAAUUUCCGUGUAAGAGCAAAUCAGAAAAUGUCAUUUAUCAGUACACAGCGAAUACUGUCUGAGUCUGCCUCACUCCCACAAAAAUACUACCACAAGCCGUGGCUGAGAGUGGUGGGAACGGUGCAGAAAAGGCUAAUGUGAAAUACCGUGUAAUUUCCUAAUAUACAAAAAAUUGCUUUUUAUGGGUUGUCAGAUUUUCUAAAAUGAAAUAUUUGCCUUUAUGGGGAGUGAGAUUUGAAUUGUUGGGCUGAAAACUGUAACGGAACCCCCAAGCAUAAAAGGGGUUAACAGCCGUUUAGGAGAUAUUCCCCUUCCAGAUAUACAGGCAGCUACUGUAGACACCAAUCCACCGAACCGGAGAAGCAUACGAAUGCUGUCAAACAUGUGAAUGCUGUAAACAGCCGAAUAGGAAAAACCAUACGAACCGUUUACACUCCUGGAAAUCGGUCUGAAACAGCAUACAAUCCAAUUCCCCCCCAAGAACGAGACGACAUUUCGUUUUGACUGUCAAGCAGAAUCAGCCAGAGCUGUGGGUUUAUUGUUCUUAUAUACACAUUCUUACACAUUAGUACCACCCACAGGGUUUUGGAAAACAACCAAUAAACACGUACAAUACACUCAGACACUCCCACACAAAAUCCUGCCCUCUGCCUGUAACACCUUACACAAUGGGUUAAUGUAAUUAUCACAGGCAGGAAAAUACAGUUUUAACUUUAAAAGUAUGCAUCACAUUCACUUAUAUUUUCAGAAUCAGCAUACUCCAAAUACAUACGUCAAAAUCAUACAAAUUGGUCCAGUGGGUCCAAAGUUAGAUCGAAGUCCUUUGUGACCAAAUGAAGCAUGGCUUUUCUGCCCAAAACCGGUUCCACAGAGUCUUCUAUCUUGGAAAUAAUUGGGAAGUAAUCCAAUUAUCUCCAAGAACAGAGGCAAAACUCCAUUAGCCACAUGGUAGCAAAAGACAAUAAAAUACAUAAAUAUAUAUAACUGUGCAGCUAUUGCAUAAAACAGGUACAUUCACAUUAUUACUGAAUAGCGCUCAGAUCACAUACAUACAGUUCAAUUGCCAUGGAGCCAAAGUCUUUCACAUAGUCUUUCGUUAUACGAAUGGGCUCCAUGGCAUAGCUAUCUGGGGUAUCACUGUUCAAAAAGGGAAAGUACCGAAUGACCCGGCUUUCGGGUCUUUGCAGGGGAAAAUCAAGCGUUUCAACAUGGGGCCAUAGUCCAGAGGGAGCAGGCGAGCAACCAGGCUCCUCCAACGCCCACUGGCGGGGUUGGUACCGUCGCACAAACAAUAACUGAAAAUUAGACAUGGGUCCAACAUCAAAAUGGCAAAUUCAGAAUACAGGCAUAAUCCUUGUUGCUGUGUUAACGUAACCAAUUGUGUCUUAUUUAUUAGGGUGUGUGUGCAUGUAUGUAUUUACUGUAGUAGCACACAACCACAACUACACUGUAAUGUGAUCUGUGUGUAACAAUACUGACAACACAUUACAAUAAAUAUUGUGUAAUUUUUGAAAAUAUAUUGUUUUGAGUAGUGAUAUUGGGUUCAGUGACUGUCUUAAAUUUUCAAGUCUGACAUACUAAGGGGGAGAUGUAUCAAUGUAAAAUCAGAUGCUUGGGCAUUAUUUAAAUAAUAAUCGCCAUGGAAACCAACAGAAUGUCUCUUAAAAUUUAGCACUCUGAACCCAAAAUAGCUCCUGUUUGCUUAGAUAACCCCCUCCCCUAAAUGUGCGAUUUGUUGCUUGUAAAUGACAAAAAAGCCCAUACGAAAAUCAUAGACUCCUGAUACAGCCUUAAACAACAACUAUUCUUCUUCAGCUGCUGUUUUUCUCUAUAUAAUAUUAUAGGGACAAUGUAAACCUUAUUUUCUGUUAAUUUCCUAUGUUCCUUUUGUAUUCAUUUCUUCCUGUCUCUGCCUCUCCCUCUCUGUGAAUUUUGGUGAAAUGACACCAUAACUGAAAAGAUCUGUUCUGUCCUACAUUUUCAAUCCUACAUGUCAGUUCAGCACAAUUCAUCUGUUAGUGAAUAGACCCAAGUAUCUCCAUUCAUGAUAUGGUACAGAACACAACCACUUUUGCUGGUUUUAUUUUGGUUUUUUUAGUUGGCCAAACUUUCCAUAAGUCAUAUUGCUACCAUACAAAGCCAAAUUCUUUUAUAUUGAUUUACUGUUUUUGUUCUUAUCUCCAGCAGUUCAGAGUUUCACGCACUGCAGACGCAGGUUACGCAGUUUAGGGCACUCUGUCAAGCAGCCGAAGUGGAGAGAGACAGGUUAAUGGAGCUGGUUUCUGUCCUGCAGAGAAGGUACAGUCGUGGGCAGGCCACACUAAAAAUACUGAGAGUACAACUCAAAAUGCAUGGCGUGGCAGUAUUAACUGUAAACUGCCAGGCCAGGCCGCCAUUUGGUAAAAGGAUCCUGUUAUACACAAAUCAUGUACAUGGCAGGUUCUCAUAUAUAUUCAGUCUAUACAUUGUGCUUGGUGUGUCCUAAGGUUGCAGCAGACCAAAAUAUUACAUUUUAUACAGAUUACCAUUAACAAUGUUAUUCUUAAAAUCCAUCAUUUACUCUUAAAACCCAACCUUUUUAGGUUAAUAAAUAUAAAAUCUUCUAACAUAAACUACGUUUGAAAAUGUCAGCAUUUUAGGAUGUUUUCUUUGCAGAACUCCAAAUUCUCCCUGUAAGCAUUUUAUCUUUAUACAACAGUUUUUUAGUGCUGAAACGGAAAGAGUUUUCCAAGUAGCUCCUUAUCUUGAACAUAAAAGCUACUUUGAUCUCUUACUUAAUGGUAAUAGGGCACAAGUUAUACAUUUUCUAUCGAGUCUGAUGAUACUAAAGGAAGUGGGCAGUGGGCCAGUUGUCACACUGUUCAGUCUACGUUACUAUUAUUGUGUAUGAUUAUGAUCCAGUCAGUAUGAAAGAUGCUAAAUAAAGCUAUUGAUAGUUGGUAUAUUCUACUCCUAUAAGCUGACUCAACAUAUUGUUAUCUUAGGGUCGAAGAGAGCACCCAGAAAGCUCUGCAAGCUGAGAAGAAGCUUCAGGAAGAGAGGCGGCAAUCUGUCCUUCUGGAACAACAGCUUGAGAAAAUGAGAAUUGACACAUCAAAAAAUACUCCCACCCGAGGAAAGAUGGGUAUGGUUAUAGGGGACAUUGAAAUGUUGUGAAACCUGAAUCCAUUGUGUUAUACCUGUUUGGACUCAUGUUAACAGCAGACUUUUCCAACUGGUGUAUCUGCAGGUCAGUCUCUCACUAGCUCCAGACACCUGCUGAAUUUCACUGAAAGAACAGAUCAGUCCUACGCACAGACCUCUGACGUUCCCCUGGAGACUCAAAUAGAGGAACUAAAUACAAAGUAAGUUCUAACUGUGUUAUUCAUGUUCAGCAUAUACAUGUGUGGGUUUUGUUUUCCUGUCAGAUGAAGUUGUUUUGGUACAUUCAGAAAAUGGCAGACAGGUGUCACAAAACUAUCAUUGUUAGUCUGCUUGUAUCUGACAGCUACAUUGUUUUUAAAUAAGUUACUUAAUGUAUCCCAUGCUGCGAAAUGCAUUGGCACUGUCUAUAUACAUUAAUGGUAUUAUUACAAAAAUGCCAGCUGACUAGCAAUUACAGAAAUAUUCUUUAUAAAACAUACACUGAAGUUAAAAACACUAGUCCAGAGAGGGAUCCUGUUGCCUGUGAAACAGAGAGAUUUUUUUAAACUAAAUGGAAUGUCUACUAAUUUGAUGGAAUUGAAUAUUAUUAACCAGGAACUGCAUAUUUUAGCCCAGAUAGACAGACGGGUACAUUCUUUGGUUAUUUUUCCAGCUUAACUAUUUCAGCCUAAAUUGUUCAAUUCCCACAAUAAACCAAUAUUCCAGGUUUAGUAAAUAAAAAAGUAAAACUUUAAAAGUGAACAAAAAUAUUUGUGCGUCUUAAACGUGUUAUUAUGUUGUUUGAUAAUGUGUGAUGAUGAUGUGUCCUGCAGGGUGGCCAUACAACUGGAUGAAAAUGAAGCUUUGAAAACUGCACUAAAGGAAACUCUAAAAACAAAAGGGGAGGAUCUUAAACUGUACCAUGAAAUGAUUGGGGAAGUGAAAGAGAUCUUCCUGCAGGCUCUGCGCCAACACAAGCAGGAUCGAGGAUUGUCUAGUGACUAA